AUGUCAAUAACAGGACAAAACUCAAGUAGUAAAAAAACAGAAUCUGACAAACAACAAAAUAUCUCUUGUUUAGUUGUAUUACGUGAACGAAGUGGACGUCUAGGUAACAGAAUGUUUAUGUUUGCUAGUGCUAUGGGCUUAGCUUUAACACAUUCAUGUCGAUUGUACAUUGAUCAACCUAUUAUCAAUGAACUUUUAUCUUGGUUUCAACUUAAUCUGCCAAAGAACAUAACAAUAAAUAAAGAACAUUAUACCAAUUUGUCACGUUUUAUUCAACAAAAAAAGAAUUUAUGUACAUACUUUCCAGAAUUAAUGAAACCAUAUGCAAUCAAAUAUUUAGAAUUAAGGGGAUUUUGGCAAGCUCAUGGACAUUUUGUUAAAUUCAAGAACGAAAUACGAAAACAAUUUACUUUUAAACCAACUAUUGCUAAGAGGAUAGCUUCGUUCUUCAAAACGUAUAUCUGUCAGCAAAUAAAUUGUACGUCUAAUUAUCUUGCAAAGAACGUAACGCAAGUUCAAUUAAAAUUAGAUCUUCGUGACUCGCCGUACACAUGGAUUGGUAUCCACAUUCGACGAGGUGAUUACUUGAGAGGACGACGAGUAUCAUCAAUAAAGUUCAUUAUAGAUGCAAUGGAUUAUUUUAUCGACAAGUAUGGAAACAAAAGUCUAUUUGUUAUUACAAGUGACGAUAAAUCUUAUUGUGCAAGAACGUUUCUCAAUCGAACUAAUGUUCUGAUUACACCAUCAUCAUUUUCACCUGCCGAUGAUCUUGCUACGUUGGCCGUGUGUGAACAUACAAUCGUUACUGUUGGCACCUUCGGUUGGUGGGGAGCCUUUCUUUCGGGUGGUGAAGCUAUCUGUGAUGUCAAAUCCAGUCAAAAUCCAACAGCAAUCGAUAAUAAUUGUGCUCGACAAGCAUUUUUUCCAGAAUGGUUCUCAUAUUUGAAUAAAACAUCCUGA